AUGGGGCCUACCCAGAUCCAAUCCAAAGUGCAGGUUGGGUUGGAUAUGGAUUUGCGGAUUCGGUCAGCCAGUCUACCUGUAUCCUUGCAGGAAGCCAGCAUGCGGGGUAAUAUGCGACUUGAGCAACUCCUCCAACAUCUUCAACUGUCCAACUCUUCCACUCAGCCCGUUGCAACAUUCAAGAUGCACGUCUGGCUCGAUCGCCCCCUUCGUGAUGGAAAAGACGCGGAUGAGUGGAAACCCACUGAAUCUGAAGCCGCCGCCAACAUCGACAAGUGGUAUCAAGCAGGACGAUUGCUCUUUCCCCGCGAUUCCCUCCAGGAUGUGCGCGACCAACUGCGGAAGCCCCUCAAAAAGGGCGACUCCAUUUACGUGAAAGCGUUUGAUGGGUCGAUCUACGAAUGGCUCGUGAAAAUCGGCGACAUCAAAACGCAUUUCGAGCCCGACGGUGACACGGGAGAGGAAAAGUCGGUGGAAUGGGUGCUGACAACCCCGCAGAUUUCUUAUCGCUCGUUUGAAGAUCUCAAAAGGCUGCUAGAAUACAGUCUGUCGCGGGCGUAUUGCAGCGUGGGAAUAGCACACCGCAUGAUUCGCGUCGGCCAAGAGCCUGAGCCUGAACCCCUGGGGAACCUCAAUUCAGGACUGGAAUUCCUGGACACUAUCUUACGGGACUGGGAAGGGAGCGAAGCAUGGAGCGGCAUCAAAUCCACCCUCUCAUCAUUGAAUCUUAAUACCAAGAUCGCCAAAGUGAUAGGUAUGGCAUGCGGGACUUUUACCCCGACAUUGGAGUGCCCAGGAUCAAGAAGAUCGGCCGUUCAACAUGCACUCCUCUUGACUCUGACGAGCUUUCUGCAGGAAAGCAACUUGGGCACCGGUGAGGUCGCGUGCUACGUCCAGGACCCAGGAUAUUCCAAGACGGAUAGGCUGGUUCUUGAGAAGUCGGAUAUCAAGGCGCUGGAGGAUCCCGAAGGCUUCCUCGAAAUGGACGAUGCCUCCCUCGUGUUUUCCUGCGGCCCCAACAUUUGUGUCAAGGAGAUUGUUGCGGACAUUGCCCGUCCGUCUAUUCUCAUCUGGUGUACUGUCAAAGAGGAAGAUCCGGAAUCCCCCCUGUACGUUUUCUUUGCGCCAGUUGUGACAUUGGUUGAUUAA